UCUUUCUGCAACAGAGCUACCCUCUGGAAUAUGUAUUAAAGGUGGAUUUGGGGGGGAGAAUAAACCACCAACUGAAGUGAAAAUUGAAAUGGUUUCUUAGUAACUAUUUUGACUUGAAGAUAACAUUUUAGAACAUUGUUGCACAGGAUAUUGCUUAUAGGACAUUUCUCAUAGGUUGACUCUUAUUGGUUUAAAAAGCUUUAAGCUUUGAAUAUUUUAUGCACACUUCUUUACUCUAGAUGAGUCUUAAUCUUCCUUGCUCUAUGGGUUUUGAGAUAUGGGAUGCUUGUAAUGCCCAUGAAGCUUUCCAAAUCAAUAUGAUUUGUUCAUUAAUUUCAUUGAUGAAAGGUUUUAGAAAGCAAAAGAAUCGAUAUACUAGUAUUCAGGACAUAUUUAUGUUGUUGAUUGGUAUGUAUUUAAGCAGAUUUCACCAUAGAAACUUUUCUCUCUUCUGGCAGAGCUUUUAUCUCAGUUAUCAGGCGUGAGACGUUCUGCAGGGCAGCUCAAUUCUUCGGGCCCUUCUGCUUCUCAGUUACAGCAGCUGCAGAUGCAACUGCAGUUGGAGCGACAGCAUGCUCAAGCAGCAAGACAACAACUGGAGACUGCACGCAAUGCAACUAGACGCACUAACACAAGCAGCAUCCCCACCACUCUUACACAAUCUGUAGCAGCAACCAAUACAUCUAACACAGAAAACAUUCAACAGACUAUUCAGAAUUCCCAGUUUCUUCUUACAAGGUUGAAUGAUCCUAAGAUGUCAGAAGCAGAGCGUCAGUCAAAGGAAAGUGAACGGGCAGACCAUAGCUUAUUUGUUCAAGAGCUUCUACUAUCUACUUUGAUGCAGGAAGACAGUUCCUCCUCAGAUGAGGAUGAGCGGGGAGAAAUUGCUGAUUUUGGUGCUAUGGGCUGUGUAGAUAUUAUGCCUCUAGAUGUUGCUUUAGAAAACCUAAAUUUAAAAGAUAAUAAUAAAGGAAAUGAGCCUCUUCCGCCUCCUCUUUGAUGGCAUCCCAUUUUGCAGACAAUGUCCUCUGUGCUGUAUUUGCCAAUGAAAUUGGACAACUAUCUUGGGUUUGUUUUGGUGAUUGUAAUUUCAGGUCUGUUGCUCUUGUUACAUUGUGUACAUUCAAAGGAAGAGAGAAAAGAUAUAUAUGAUAAUCAUUUCCACUUAACCAAUUUUUACUUUUAGCAGGUAAAUAUAGGUUGCAGUGCAGAGAAAAAAGUUCUGUGUCCCAUAGCUUGACAUGCAAAAAGCUCUCCUAAUACUCCACAUUCAAACUGAAGGGGAAAAAAUGAAAAAUCUCUAGUGAAGCUGCUGUGUGUAUUUAUGACUAUUAAUGAAUAAAAAUUGCUUGGAUGGUUUACCUUAACUACUGCAUGAUGUUUUUUUGCAGCGUGCAUGAGUUUUAGUGACCUUGUCAUUUAAAAAAAAUAAAAAGUACAAGUAGUAAAAGUAUAAAAUCCCAAAGCUUUCCCAUUAUUCAAAGGUAAUGUGACAAAAAAAGAUUAAUACUCACUAGCAGUUUGUAGCGAUGAAGUAGCCUUUGAGUAACAUAUGACCAAUGACCUUUUCUAUGUACUCUCCCUGUGUAUUAAUGCAAACUCUGCAGUGGGCUAUAUUGUUAUUUCCGGGGUGUGGUGUUUUGCUAUACUGUAACCACUAUGAUGCCCUGUUAGCCAUCAUAUUCAUAUAGAAUUCAACUUUUUAUACAUCAGUAGGAGACAAAAAAAAAAAAAAAACAAGGACCACUACUGGGAAUCUACCACAAAGCGCUUCUGAGUGCCCUAAAAACAAAUUUCAUUCAUUAUUCUUUAAAGCUUUCGUUUUUGUGUUUAAUUUCUUUUAACUGUUAAAUAUACUUUAUUUAGGUGUAGAUGAUGCAUAUAUUCACUGCUGGGGGAGGGGGAGAAUUAACCUGGAUUAUGUUAUCUUAGUUCUAAGUCUUCACAGUCCUUAUCAUUUUGAGUUAUUUAUGUAUUGGCUUCAUAGCUUGCAGAGACUUCUCAGUAUCAGGAAAGCUUGAGGAUUUGAUUCCCAGAUAUCUCCAUAUGUUAUAACUGAAUUCUUAAUGCUAAUUUCCUAUUAAUCUUUAUUUAUUGGGUUUUGGGGUUAUAUUUCUGACAUAAAAAAAUAAAGUGUUUUUAAUUGA